UUGAAUGAAACAAAGACUCCCUCCACUCAUCUCUCUCUGUCUUCUCUGCAAUUCCUUUUCUUCUUCAAACUCCAUUUCCACAUUUUUUACGAAAAGGACGAGAAGAUAAGCAUUGCAACAAUAAAAUCACAUAAACGCAUUCACAAACGAAGCCGGACUCAAUGGCUUUGGUCACGGUAACAUCACCAUUAGCCAUAUCCAAAAUCUCCCCAAAUUUACCUAGAGAAUGGAAGAGAUUGGAUAUUGGAACAGCUUGCGUUGUUUUUGCAGUGCAUUGUCUUAGUCUUUUUGCGCCGUUUCAAUUCAAUUGGAGUGCGUUCUGGGUCGCUUUUGUGCUCUAUGUGAUCACGGGGCUUCUGGGUAUUACUCUUUCUUUUCAUAGAAAUCUUACACACAGGAGUUUCAAGCUCCCCAAAUGGCUGGAGUACUCGUUUGCAUAUUGUGGAGUUCAAGCACUUCAGGGGCCUCCAAUUGAUUGGGUGAGCGUUCAUAGGUCCCAUCACAAGUUUGGUGAUUCUGAGAGAGACCCACAUAGUCCCAUUGAAGGCUUUUGGUAUAGUCACAUGAGUUGGCUCUUGUAUAGAACAUCUAUCAGUAAAACGUGUCGAGAGCAUAACAAUGUUGGGGACUUGAAGAAGCAGCCAUUCUAUAGGUUUAUGCAAAGAACCCAUCAUUUACAUCCAAUUGCAUUAGGUGUUCUGCUUUAUGCAUUGGGAGGUUUUCCCUUCUUUGUGUGGGGAAUGGCAGUGAGAAUUGUUUGGGUGUGGCACAUAACUUGGAUGGUAAACUCUGUUUGCCAUAUAUGGGGAAAGCAAGCAUGGAAAACUGGAGAUUUGUCCCGAAACAAUUGGUUGGUGGCAGUGCUUUCAUUUGGAGAGGGUUGGCAUAAUAACCACCAUGCCUUUGAGUACUCUGCUCGACACGGCCUCGAAUGGUGGCAACUUGACUUGACUUGGAUUGUGGUUAGGCUUCUUCAAGCUGCAGGAUUGGCCACCGAAGUGAAGCUGCCAAAUGAAAUGCAAAAACAGAGGAUGGCCCUUCAACCAUUGAAGAACUGUUAAAAGUACCCUAGGCUUGUUGCUUAUAAAUUGUGAGGCGCAUAUAGGUCUCUGCAUAAUGGGCUCCAUUGGUGGACCGGGCGGGCCGUAUGUUUUAUAUUGCGGCCCACAAUAAGCCCCAGGACCCGGUUUGGUGGGCCUUUGUAUGUUGUUUUAAUAUAUAAUUAUAUUUAUAAAAAAAAGUGAUAACUGCAUUUUUUGCA